AGCAUUGCCAAGAGAUGUAUAAUUUCUCAGACAACCCUUUGGAAGAUAUAAAAGUUCUCCAUGCCCUGUUCCUCCUUCAUUCAGCAUCAGCUUUAGGUGCUCUUCCUCUUGCUUGCUCCAACAGAGGCUUUGCUGAUACUCCAGAAAGAUGUGCUCUCGCGGGUCCUGCCACGACUAUGAGUCCUCCUGCCACAGAUCCUGGUCUUCCUGCCAUGGAUCCCACUCCUCCUGCCACGACUCAGGACCCUCCUGCCAUUACACCAUCCAGAGGCAGCCUGUGCAGACGUACCGCUACGUGACACCCUGCUGCCCCCCCAUGCAGGCCUAUUGCCCCCCUGUGCAGCCCUGCUGCCCCCCUGUACAGCGCUACUGCCCCCCAGCCCCCUAUUGCCCCCAAUACACCAAGAACAUCUGCAAGCUGCCGCCGUCAUGCCUCAAGUACUAGCAGCAGAAUCCAGACCUGGCAUGUGGACCCACCGGCUCGUUCCUCCCUUGGACACUAUGGCCAUGGAUCGUCUCAUCCUCACAGAAAUCCCUGGGUCUCUGCCAUGUGCCUCACUGCUGGUUUGGAUGAAGUGUUCCCCUAAUUGUCAUUCAAGGUGUCAUUCUUUCUAGUUAUUCAGGAAAUGUCCUUUCUAAUUAUUCAGUGCAUAAUUACUGUUGGGAAUCUUUCUAUGCCAUGCACUUCUGUUUCAGACUCAUCUGGGUGUGGGAAACAAUAAAUCUUACAAUUCAUGA